AUGUCCGGCUGUUCGUCCGAUUCGGAGUCUGUGGGCGCCGUUCAGAGAAAUGAACGGCUCCUGCGGACAAUCAAGAGAAUGUCGCGGAAGAGGGCGUUGGUCUCUUCGGAUGACGACGACGCUCCGCGGACCAAGAGGGUAGCGAGCCCGGUAUCGGAGGGAGUGUCAGCACUCGCCGGUGAUCGGGAAAAAUGGCUAGGACUAGGUCGUGACAUUAGGAAGAGGAAAUUGGAGAGGAUGUUUGAGGACUUUUGUAGACAUUUUGGAGAAGUACGUGGAGCUGAUGGACGAAGUGUUGAGGGAGAACGCCGGUUUGGAGGGAAGCUUGAGCGAGGCGAGGAGGGCGCUGGCUGA